UAAACAUAUGAUUAAUUAUAACAUAUAAAUUAUUAAAUUAUUUUAUUUUAAAUAGUUAUAUAAACAUUUAAGUAUAUGAUUAACGUUAAAAAAUAUACCACAUAUGUUCUAAAAUAAUAAUUUAUGUAUAGAAAAAUGAAAACAAACAUCUGCGCGGUUGCUCAGAUCAAAAUCUAGUACUUUAUUAAAAUAAAGUAUUUUUCAGAAUUAAAAGAUUUUGAUUUUCUUGUGUAUGUGAAGUAAUUUGAAUAAAUUAUAACAAGUUAUUGAUGAAAUUUGAAAAUUCAUAACAUACGGGGUAUACAUUGUUAGAGUAAAAUAAUGCAAAAAUGUUCGUGAUAUUACGUAAACGUGAAACAAAACAAGAAUAUAAAAUCAAAGUAAUAUUUGAAUGAUCUGAAAAGUAGAAAUAGAACGUUUUAGUGUAUAAACUUUAGUUCUAGCUGUAAGUCUCUUAGUUGAAAGUAUUUCUUACUCGAUCUCCUUGUUUUAGAGUUAGUCUUUUCAUAAAUAAACCUAGUCAAGAUACAUGUUAGACUUUUUCAUAUCAUGAAAUAUGAAAAGAUCUUCCUUUAUCUAAAAGUUUUCCUUUUAAUUAGCCCGGAGAUCGGAGGCAAACGUGACCGGAGGUCGUAAGCCUGAAACUAGAGGCAGACGUCGUGCUCUAUCCAAAGGAACUGACUCAUAGAUUAAUUAUCCCAAACCCACAUUAAUAGUAGAGCUUUUAUAAUAGAAAAACUAGGCCGCAUCGCUAUUUUGUAAUUUUAUUGUUAGGUGUUAAUAUAUGCUCCAUUUGCUAUAAUUAAUGUUAAUUAUUCAGGAACACCUUAUUCGAGUUGAAUAUAUGCGCAUAACAUAUGUAAUUUUUUUUUAAACUAAUACUAAAAACAUCAUGCGUAAGUAAACUAAAUAAAAUAUAUAUUAGAAAUUGCAUUGUCUUUCGUAAUGCAAAACACUUUCUAAAAGGGAUAAUUUGUAGACUACCCUAUUUAAGAUUGUAAAAUUUAAAAAUAUACUGUUUAAUAAUAUUUUGAAAAGUACACUUAUUUGUGUAUUAUAAGACUUUUUUACCCUUAUUAAAAUUUUACACAAAAUAAUAGAAACUGGAAAUUAUUAAUAUUAUAAAUUCUUUUAUUGAAUUAUAUAUUUUAUAAAUUUAGUGAAUUAUAAAUUUUAAAAUUAUAAAUGGAUAACUAUUGAUAUUUUCAACUUUAUCGCUGAAACAUAAUCUUAUAUAAAUAGUAUUCUUACCUUUUAUCGUAUUUGUUAUUAAGUGCCUUAGAACUAUUAAACAUGUUGUUUAAUCAUGAAAUUUAAUAGAGUUGGGUGUAAGAAAAAACUAGCCGAGAACAUAAUUUUUGAGAACAUAACUAUUGCUACAUGUAUUUCAAAUUCUUUAUACUCGUGUUAAAUUUAAUAUAGUCAAAUUUGUCAAAGAAGAAGAAUGAGAAACUGUUCUAUCUGAUGAAAUAAGAUAAUUAGGUGAUUAUAAAAUGUAUUUAAGAGUAAAAUUUAUGACAAAAAUCAUCAAACUCCAAAGUUACAUGCUGGCAAGAUUGUAUCUUUCUCCACAUAUACAAAAAAAAAAAGAAUUACAGCGAUUAAAAAUACGAAAACCCAAAAAAUUUAAACAAAAAAUACCAACUUCCAUAAUCUCUGUGUGUAUAUCUUAAAAUAAAACAAAUAAAUUAUUUAUUUUACUAGUUCUAUUUCUAUUAAUUUUCAUUUAAGUAUUGAAAUUACAAUACUCUUAAUUAGGGUUAAUUUUGUCACAUCACUUAUAAAUAAGUAUAUUUUUCAAAAAAUCAAAAAUAUGUUGUAGUUUUCAAAAUAUAAUCUCAUUUGAUGGCAUUUUUCCAAAUUUUUCUUUUCUAAAAUCGCAUUUAUCUUAACAGUUUAAAGCAAUGGAAUUGGCCUGAUCUUUGUGAUCCAUAACAUAUUUGGAUAUGAUAAUUAGUUUCUUGAGCUGCCACGUUGCAUCAACAAAAUAUGCAGUUACAACCAUAUAGCACAUGUUAUUCACUAAUGCAAUAACGUUGCAACUUCUACAGGAUCUCGAAACUUAUGCGUUUGAUUUCAUCUUUCGAAAAAGUAAAUUACAGAGUAUAUAUUUUCCGCCUAAUUACAAUGGAAUAAAUAAUUUACUUUUAUAUCAUCUUAACCAUAAGUAUAUUUUAAUGACAAGAUCCCAUCUUUACAUGCUUGGUGAAUGUAUGGCAAAUGGGUAACCUUUCUACACAAACAAAAAUAUAUAUAAUCGUGAAGGGGAAAGCUGCCUGCUCCAAAACCUCUUUCAAAAAAAUAAAGAAAAAGCUGCUCGUUCCCUUUCAGUUAGUUGACAUCGAAUCUGAUUCUCACACCACCACCUUCUUACUUUAGUUGUCAUUAUCACUUUCUUACACGUUAUAAAUUUUAGUUUAGUAAAAACGUUUUUAACUAAUCUGAAACCUUUUUCAAUAUCUUACAUAUACAAGUACAACACUGACUUUACUUUGUAAUGAUAGAAGCCAUAAAUAGAGUAUUAAGUGUUAUAAUUUAUAAGAGUGUAGGUGAUGCUAAUGUAGUAUUUAAAGGUCGACCGCAAGGAAGAAGUAUCUAACACUAAGUUUGAUCUAUGACUACAAUGAGCUGUAAGCCUAAAUGAUGGUGGGAGUUAGGACUUAGGAGUUUCAAAGCUAGCAUAGUUCUAAUAAGUCCUAAGAAUACUGGAGAGAACAAAGGGGAUAUAUGCUUUCAGGUUCUAGUCAACUAAGUCAAGUGUGAUCGUACUAAGUGGUAUUUCUCUCUCUAUUUUUGCAACUAUAAUUGAAGAUGGUCUUGAAACCCUUAGUAAUUCUCCAAAUGAGUUCACGCUCAGAAUCCUUUAAAGGUGAUCUAAGCAAUCCAUAUCAAUAUAAACUAAUGUUCUCACUAGUGCUAAUUAAAAAAUAUUAAAGAAUGAAGGUAAAUUAUAUGGAACAAAUUAGAAAGAGUAAAUAUAGAGAAAUAAUGGAACUAAUUAGUAACAUACGUAACAACCAGAAGCUCCACUUUGAUACGUCUAAUUGGGUUCGAGAAGUUCGAUGGUGGGUCAAAAAGUUUGAAGGCAUCCAGUUUACUUGGAUUGGAAGAAAGGGCAACAAAGUUGCGGAUAGACUUGCUAAACAGCUUGUUUCAAAAAAAAAAAAGACUUGCUAAACAGCUAAUUCCAAAUAAAAAUAGCUUCUAUUUUCAUAACUAUGUUCCCCCAAGGUAUUACAACUGAACUUCCACAAUGACUAUGUUGUUGGUUCAUAUCAAACUUCGUAAGAUUUGAAGUUAAAAAAAAUGGAACUAACUAAUUGUUACAAUGCAUGGUAACAAAACAAACAUAGAAAAAGAAUAGAACAAUUAUUUCGUUGUCAAAAUUUAGGAAAUAUUUGUAUUCUAUAUUUUAUAUAAAUGACAUAGUCAUCUCAAACUUAGUUUUGAAAUGAAUGUGUCUUCUUCCUUUGCCAUUAUUCAUCAUUUGUAUGGUUAAAUGGACAUGGCUACAGAGAUAUUCUUAAUAAUUGAUAGCUACCACCGGCAGUUCUGGUUGUAAAUAUUAAAAGGUAUAGUUUUUUUUAAAGGUAUAGUUAAUAUGUUAAUUAUAAUUUUAAUUAGUUAAAUAUAAAAAUGAAAAGAAAUAUUUAUGAAAAUAAUGUGUAAUUUAGAGAAAAGCGUACCACUUAUUUCUGAAGAAUAUCAAAUAAUUUUUUAAAUACUUAAGAUAAGUAGACACGAAUUAAAAAGUGUUUGGGUUAUAUAAUAUCUUACCAACAAAUAGGAAUAUAUAUAUAUAUAUAUAUAGGAUCUUUGUAGGUAGACAUUUUACUACGGACAGUCGGACACAACAUAGCAUGAUAUGAUACUUAUUUGAACUGUGAAUAUUAUUACUCCAAAUUAUUUUCAAUUAGUAUAUGAAGUUGUACUGGGAAACAGUUUUUUUUAUCAGAAAAAGAAAACUGAAUGUACGGUUAAUUUAGACUAUACGUACUUAAGUUUUACGGAUCUUAAUUAGUUAAAACGUCAAAUUUAAACCUGGUUGAAUACAUGCAUUGCUUCGCUUCAUUGAAUGGAUAUAUGUUCUGCAAAUUAUGAGUGGUGCAAAUUAUAAUCACAUCAAGUUCUUUUGAAAGUGAUUAUGAAAAUAGUUUCGGAUAGACGUAGCUAUAAUGAUUAAUAAAUGAUGUUAAACCUUCAAAUUUAUCAUGGAAAACGAUAUAUGAUCGAUCUAGAACGUAGUCAUGUUAAAUUCGUAAUAGAAACUUUCCACUACUUCUCAAUAGAAUGUUUUGACCAAAAACGAAGCCCCUAAAGCAAAAAAUUAGUUUUUUUUUUUGAGGAAAGCAAUAGGUUAGUUUAUAACUGAAGCAUUGACUGAAGCAUUGACAUAGGCCAAAACCAAAACAUGAGAUAAGUCAUUAAAUUUCUCACUGCAACGCUAGCUAAAUCCUUAAGUAAAAACAUGGAUAUACUUCCAAUUUUAAAGAGAAAUUUUUUCGUAUAAUGUAUGAAGUGUUGAUUCUUUAUGUUCUGUCACAAAUAGUAUUUUUCGAAUAAACUGAUAUAAAUUUCUGGGUUAGUUAUAAGAUUUUAAAAAUGAAUAAAAAGAGGAAAAAAGACAAAUUGAAGUAGGAUAUUGAACAUGUAAAGCUGCAAAGGUUUGCAUGUAAUGCAACAUGCAUAUAUGCGCCAUUUCCAGUCUCUUGCUGAAAAAGGAUGUUUAGCAUUUAUAUACGAAAGUGUUACAAAAAGGCAUUUAUAUACGAAAAGACAGGUUAUGAAAGAGAUUAGAAGAAUUCGUGUCAAAGUAAAACAAAAAUUAAAGAGAUGAGGAAAAAUCUUGUCAAAAUAAAACAAAAUAAAGAGAUGAUAAGAAGAUUGAUAGAGGAAAGCAAGAAAAAGAUGGCAUAAAAUGUAGACAAAUUGCAAGAUCUCUAUUUUCUUUCAAAAUAAAAAUAAAAGUUCAGCCAUAUGAUAGAAGUUGUGAAUGACAUGUUUUAUCUUUCCCUUUUCAUGCUUUUUUUUUCUUUUUUAUUUCUCUCUUUUAAUAUAGACAAGUUAACAUCCAUACUAAGAUCCAGUCAUUCCUGUUUAAUAAGAUUGUUUUAUAUAUUGAAUAUUUGAACGCAAUCAGGGAUAAGGCUACUCUUGCCCCCACUAAGAUACCGUAAGUAAGCUUUCAUGAUUACGCAUCUAUAUCAUAGUGAACAGUUGUACGUGCAUUAUUUAACUAAAAAUGAUAAUUGCGACAAACUUACCAGAAAUCGAUUGUUUGACAAUGGUCUAUCUAUGUUGUUUUAUUGGCCUAGACUAGAUUACGAGGUGUUCAUGGAAUUUGAAUCACAUAACCUAAACUAGCAUAGAAAAAUACCAGAUGAUUAGUCUGAAAAUCUACUAAUAAGAGCCUUUUUUGAACAAAAGUUAUAAUUAGAAAAUUAUUGUGACUUAUUUUUUUUAAUCAAGGUUAAUGCACUGCAUUUGUUAAAGACACUGAUUUUUUUUGUUAACGAAAUUGUUGUGAAUGUUAUUAGUAUAUAGUUCAUUGGUAUUAGGUCGAGUUGAAGGCAUACCUUUUAAUUAGUUUUUUUUUUAACGUCACCUUUUAAUUAGUUAAACCCGUUCGGUUUUCGAUUUUAAUGAGUAUCUAAAGAUAGGAGAACAGAACCGAUUAUUCAUAUUUAUUUGUUCUUUCUUCAUUGCAUUAUAGACAAGUUCUCAUCCAAGGUCCCAAACAGUAGACAUGCUAUCAUAAAAUUUAACUACAAGCAAAUAUUUUUAUGCUAUUACAUUUACGCUAUUACACAUGCACAUGCAUAUAUAAAACUACCAUGGGUCUCCAUUAAAAUUCACAAAUCCAACUGAUUAAAGAUUUAUCAGUAGUUUACCGCAUUUUUAAUUAACUGACAUUGAUUUGCCACAACUAGUUCAUUCACGAGCCAAUUUUUCAUCUGUUUCAAACGGUAUCUUUUUAAUCACGAUCAGAUAUAUCCAGUUCUCCUUACCAUCUAAAAAUUAAAGAUGCAAGAAUCUUCCGUAUAAGGUUAGAAGUUCCAUAAGAAAAAUAAUAUUUGUAGUAGAUUAUUCUGUAAAAAAACGAAAAAUAAACCUUAAAAUUAAACGUGUAGAUGAAAAUAGAUUUAUAAAAAUACUUUAGCAGUAGUUAACUGUAUGUUGCCUCAAAAAAACAAAAGUUACACCAAACCAUGAGAAAAAUUCUACAUAUAAAAUGCUGAACAGAACCUGAAUAUUAAUAUAUAUACAAAUAUCAAAUGUGAAAAAACUGAAUUAUAAACCAUCCGAUUGUACCGCUUCAUCCCAAAUUCCUGUUACUAUAAAUGAAUUGAUCUGGAUUUUCCCAAACUUUUUACUUUAAUACGCUUCAAUCCUACAAAAAUAAAAAAAUUAGGUAUUUUGGUUGUCUCGAGAAUUUCUUUAAAUAUUUCGACUUAUAGGCCGUCUUUUCUCUACAUAGUAUGACCUUGUAAAUCAUUUCAAUAUAUAUACGUGUGUGUAUGGUUAUUAUUCGACAGAGGGAGCCUUAUCGGCGAAGAAACGUCCCCCCACUCAAACCCUAAAAAGGGAAUCACAACAAAAUAAUAUAUGUAUACUAUAAUAUAUACAUAUAAUGCAUGAGAGUGGGAAUUAUAUAAAAAGAAAUAAAGCAGAAGAACAUGACCCAUGUUUAAAAAAGCAUUAUGCUCUGCUUUAUCUUUAUGCUCCUUCUCUAUCAUCCUCUUCUCUCUAAACUUCUGUCUUCUCUCUUUCCCUUUUGGUUAUGAGCUCUCCUCACAAUCUCUCUUUAGCCUUUGGUUCCCUUCUUUCGUUUUUAUUGUGAUUCUCCCACCAUUUUUGUUCUUUUGAGUUUUAAAGAUCCAUCAAACUUUAUUAAAGAAAUCAGAACAAAGAGAUAAAAGGGAAGAAGAACGAUGGUUUUCUCAUCCGUCUCAAGCUUUUUAGAUCCACCAAUUAAUUGGCCACAGUCUGCGAAUUCGAAUAAUCAUCCUAAUCAUCCUCAUCAGCUCCAUCUACAAGAAACUGGAAAUUUAGUUGGUGGCCAUCAAGUACACUCUCACCAGUUCCCGCCACAAAACCCUAACCCUAACCACAACCAUGUUGACACCACGGCCGACACCACAGUUGAUCCCGCCGGUUUCAGCGGACCAGCGACUGAGAGAGCGAGGCUAGCUAAGAACUCUCAUCCGCCUGAGGGACCCCUAAACUGCCCUCGAUGUAACUCAGCCAACACCAAGUUCUGUUACUUCAACAACUACAACCUCACGCAGCCACGCCACUUCUGCAAGGCUUGCCGCCGCUACUGGACACAAGGCGGCGCUUUGAGGAACGUCCCUGUUGGAGGUGGCUGCCGGAGAAACAAGAAGGCUAAGCCCGGAAAUUCAAAGUCUUCCGCCUCCUCACAGAACAAGCAGUCAACGUCUAUGGUCAACGCUUCAAGUCCUACAACAAAUAGUAAUAUCCAGUUACGAACAAAUAGCCAACUACCGUUUUUGCCCACUCUACAGAACCUCACUCAGCUCGGUGGUAUCGGUUUGAACUUAGCCGCUAUUAAUGGAAAUAGUGUUGGAAACGGUAACACUAGUUCAAGUUUCUUUAAUGAUUUAGGGUUUUUCCAUGGAGCUAAUACUUCGGGUCCGGUCAUGGCUAACAACAACAACAAUGAGAGUAACAUUAUGACUUCUCUUGGAUCAGCUAGCCACUUUGCUAUGUUAGAUCGAUCCAUGGGAUUAUAUUCUUUCCCUAAUGAGGGCAACAUGGUAUUAUCUUCUUCCACAGCUUCUAGGGUUUCUCAAACUGCUCCGGUGAAAAUGGAAGAAACCCAUGUGGGUAAUAUAAGCCGGCCGGAUUCGGGUUUGACAUCUGCGGGCAAUCAAUCCAACCAGUACUGGCCCGGUUUGAGUCUCCCUGGUUCUUCUUCUAACGAUCAGCAGCAGCACCUAAUGUGAAUGUUUCCUAGCAGUUGGAUCAUUCAUGAACAUCGUCAAUUAUGGAGAAACUAAGAGGUAUAUUAGAAUGGGUCUCUUAUACAAAUUAUGGUCGUUAUACAAUCAGGUGUGACAAAGAAGUAAUCGUAUUGUAUGAUUUGAACUUGUUAGAUGUGUGAGUGUCUGUCGAGUUUGUGCUUGUUUAAUUCGUAAUCUUCACUGAAAUGUUAUGAAAUACUGUAAUAACUAACAGAUCUGUAUCUCAUAUUUAUUUGUUUUAAUGUUGAACUAUAAUUUUUUGGCUA